UUCAUCUGAUCACUCUUCAUAACAUUCUGGAGUAUAUGCAAAUUGCCAUCAUACAAACUGAGGCAGCAGACUUUGUGAAAAUUAAUAUUUGUGUCAUUCUCAACUUUUGACCAUGACUGUAUAUGGGGAAAACAUUUUGUAAAAUUAAAUCCAAAUUGGAACUAAUGCCAAGCAUUUUAAGGGAGCUCAUUUCAAGUAGUGCAGUUCACAAGAGAGUCUGUUUUUCCGUUUUAAGUAGGUAAUUGCAGUGGGAGUCUUUUUAUAGGUGUACACCCAUUAGAGAGGGCAAGGACCUUAUGUUACUUUUUCACAUAAUUUCAUUCAGUUCAUCUUUAGGAAUGUUUGUUCAGUUCAGACCUUACUAUCCCAGCCACUCCUUCUCCUGCUUCCCACCCAUGCUAAAGGGUCCGAGUUUGCUUGUGCCAACUUAGCUUCUGCAUGAGUUUAAAGUGGAAAUGCAUUUUAUUUUACAAGCUCCAAAAUGACACUCAGUCAGUACAUUGAACAUCACCUGAUCAAUAUCGGCAUCCACACACCUCAGCAAUAUAUUGACAAGUGAACAUACUCCACAAAGUCUUUUGAAAUGUUCUUCCUUUCUUUGUUUCAAUAAUAUUCAGCAAAUGCACAAAGUGAAUAGCUUUUUUGUUGAUUGGAUGCAAGUUGUUUUGCUAUUAAUGAACUUAACUUGCAUUUUAGCUGGGCCUCACAGGUGUUGUGGUGGGUUGUGUGACUGUGUCUGUCUAUCAGUAGUGAAGACAUUUAGUCCCAAGGGCUCUUAACCUAUCAAAAUUCACCCAGGGUGUUGAGUAGGUUCGUCUACACUUUUAGACUUCUUAUUAUUUUAAUUUAUUUAAUUUUAUUGCAUUUACAUGUUUUUUGUGUUGUAUUGCAACUUAGUUUUUGAUGUCAAAGUUUUGUUUAUUUAAUUCUGCAUUUAAAUGGUAGUGGAACAUAGUGUAGAAGGGGGUGGGGUUAAAGGGACAUAAAAAAAAAAAAAUCUAUUUCAUUUUCAUCAUCUCCAGCACCACCUCAACAUCAACAUAUGCGAAAAUUGUGCAUUUUUGUGUUUUGUAGUACAAAAUAUAAAGAUAUGUUUUUCCAAUGACAUCAUCAACCAAUUAGUUGGUAAUAUCUACUCAAAAUGUGUCAAACACCGAUGUCAUUGGAAACACUUAACUUCCGCUAUCUUUUUUUUACUAUAAAACAUAGAAACGCUCCAUUUUCCCUUAUGUUGAUGUUGGGGGGGUGUUGGAGAUGAUGAAUAUGACGUUGAGAAAAAAAACGUUUUCCUACAAGGGUUUAAGCAGAACUUGGGCUAGGAUGGAACAUGCAAUGGUCCCAUAGGUGGAGGCAUGGGUCUUCGGUAAUGCGUUUACAAUAAGAGCAAAUGUUCUAUGUUCAUUUGAAAAUGUAUUAAGUCUACGCUGUAAUACACCUUGAAUAUUAUUGCCUCCAUCUGCUGGGACUGGGCAAUAAUCACAUUGGUUUUAAGAGCAUGGUGAUUUGCAGCCACUUUAAGCAUUUUUGUUAAGUGGAAAUUGGUAGGGUUUGUGGAAAGAACAGCCUACAUAUAUUGAGUGAUACUACCGGUACUACCAUUUUAUGGCCGAAACAAAUAGUUCCAGUGCCUUCAGAAAGUAUUCAUACCCCUUGACUUAUUACAUAUUUUGUUGUGUUAAGACCUGAAUUUAAAAUGUAUGAAAUUGUUUUUUUCUCUCCCCCAUCUACACACAGUACCACAUAAUGACAAAAUUAAAACAUGUAUUUAAACAUUUUAGAAAAUGUAUUGAAAAUGAAAUACAGAAAUGUUGAAUUUACUAAGUAUUCACACCGCUGAGUCAAUACAUUCUAGAAGCACCUUUGGCAGCGAUUACAGCUGUAAGUCUGCUUUCCACACCUAUUUUAAGCACUGUCAAAUUGGUUGUUGAUCAUUGCAAGACAACCAUUUUCAGGUCUUGCCAUAGAUUUUCAAGUAGAUUUAAGUAAAAACUCAGCCACUUGGGAACAUUCACUGUCUUGUUAAGCAACUCCAGUGUAGAUUUGGCUUUGUUUUAGGUUAUUGUCCUGCUGAAAUGUGAAUUAAUCUCCCAGUGUCUGGUGGUAAGCAGACUGAACCAGGUUUUCCUCUAGGAUUUUGCCUGUGCUUAGCUCAAAGGGAUAUUCAAUGUCUGCUUUUGUUAUUUCAAUGUCUGCCCUUCUUUAGGAGGCAUUUGAAAUCCUCCCUGGUCUUUGUGGUUGAAUCUGUGUUUGAAAUUCACUGCUCGAUUGAGGGACAUUACAGAUAAUUGUAUAUGCGCGGUAACACGUUAAACGCUAUUAUUGCACACAGAGUGAGUCCAUGCAACUUAUUAUGUGACUUGUUAAGCAAAUUUGUACUUCUGAUCUUAUUUAGGCUUGCCAUAACAGAGGUUGAAUACUUAUCGACUCAAGGCAUUUAGAAUUUUUUUAAAUUAUAUUUCAAAAACAUAAUUCCACUUUGACGUUAUGGGGUAUUGUCUGUAGGUUAGUGACAAAUCUCGAUUGAAUCGAUUUUAAAUUCAGGCUGUAACACAACAAAAUGUGGAAAAAAUCUACUGUGUGAAUACUUUCUGAAGGCACUGUAUAAAAUGUCUUCAUAAUAUACACCAUUUUAUGUAUGAAGUUCUCUAGCUUCAACCUAUCUGUACUUUGUUCCUCUGGAUGUCUCGGAACCAAACCUCCUCAGAGUAAUUAUACAUGAAGCCUUCAACCUUUUGUCCUCCAUCUCCCUUUGAAUAUUGAAUUGCAAUGCAUUUCGUUAGCCAGGGUAUUAUGCACAAACGGAGCAGGUGAUGACUCAAAAUUCAAACAAGAAAUGAAUCCUGAAUCUCUGCCCUUCAAGUCAGCCAUUUUGGUGGUUAUAGCUGUCCUAUUGGCCAGCUGUCUUUUUUCUUUUAGAAUGGAAGGGCUCCUAUUGAACAGGAUGUCUUCAUUACCAUCUGACGCUCAGCAUUUCAAGGUUAUCAGAUGUACUGUGCGGUUUGCACGUAUAAUAGUUUGUCAAGAUCAAAAGGUUUAAAACCAGGCAAUGCUUUACGAGGGCCAGUUUCCUGGACCCAGAUUAAGCCUACUCCUGAAUUAAAAAUAAUCUCCAAUGAAAGUGCUUUUUAGUCCAGAAAUAGUCUUAACUUGACAUGAUGACCAAAGACACAUUAGGCUUUAAAGAGGCUAAACAACAGGGGUUAAAAGGUGUCUGUGAUAAAUGCCUCUUUCUGUGGCCAAGUGCCUUUCUCCUGUGAUAAAUCAGACUUCCUGAUUUAAAUUAUUUAUACCCUGGAUAAAGAGAUGCAGCUGGGCUUUCCUCCAUCCUCCCUGUAGGUGUCUCUGGGUUUUCUCUUCUUUAAGACCUGGCUACAUUUUAAACAUUUUAAACAAUCAGCCUUGCGUGUUUAGACCAGAAGGCUAAUGGGGGCGUGGUAGAGGGAGAGAGGGAGAUUCUAUCCAACGGUUCUACUGCUCCACAGCACAGGCCAAAAACAGCGGGAUUUCAUUCUCUCCCGCAGCGUUUGCUGUCCUGACGUUUAUUACACGGUUGUCUUUAGUUUCAUUACACUCAAAGCAGGGCAACUCGUUUUUAGAUGAGGAAAAAAAUUAAUUACCUCCCUCCUCUGGAGAGACAGCAGGACAUAAAAGGGCAGUUGUUUGAAAUGUGUACACAACUCACGGAUGGGACAAUUUACUCAGGCAUAUUUGCCAAUGUACAGUAGUCUACAGAAAGCUUUUAGGCCAUAUAAAUACGUCAGGAGGAAGCAGAGUAAAAGCUGUGAACCUUUACAAAGCUGGAGGGGUUUACUGGACUGGGUUUCUUUGAGGCCUUUGUUUCUCCAGUUUCUGUGAGUGUUUUUAAGUGUGGUGAGAGGGCGCUCAAAGUGGCUACAAAUCAUUCCCUGUGGUUCCAAUCUUAGCAGGGCCUGUAUGUCCAAAAAUCUGCAUGAACAGCACAUCAUGAAAUGUGUUUCAAAAGAAUGCGUCAUAUUUAGAUUUUGUACUUGACAUCAUUUUGUAAUUAACUAAUCCUUCAGCAUUUCAAAACCACUGUUCUGUUAUGUUUUUUCUUGUUUUAAAACUGAUUUUCAUUUGAUAUUACAUGGUUGUGAAAAUGGAACUAGUUCUUUUGGGUCUGAGGGAGGAAGUUUACAGCUGCCAUGGAGAACACAUUUCUGUCUUGCUGGAUCCCAAUCGAACUAAAAUUAUUCCUGUCUCUUGCAUAAAACAUUUAAUUAUAAUCUAUUGGGUAAAAUAGCUGCUCCCUACCAUCUGCAAUCAGGUGGAAGUUUGUCUGGUUGCUAGAUUGCGUCUGUUUGCAGAAAUCCAUACAAUGUGCUGUAUGUUCUGAAAGCAUUCCUGUUCAUCAGAGCAUAAAUAGAUGUAUGGCUUUAUCCAUUUCUUCUGCUUAUCAUGGCUACUCUUCAAUAAAUUCAAAUAGUUUAGCCACUAAAAUUAAUUACAGAAAAAUAAAAACCUAUUAAAGCAAAAUGAUGUUCGAUAUUGUUGCAGUCAGGUGUGGUUCCUACAUAUGAGUGCAUUUGGAAUGGGAAAAGUGAGAGGGCUUGUGGGUGGAAUGUAAAGUGACUGGAAUUUCUUCAUAGACAAUGCACCACAUUGGCUUGUAAUGAGUCAUAGAUAUCUGGCAUUCUUCCGAUUACCAACAAAAAGCUAUCUUAUUUUUCAGUCAUAAGCACUGUAGCUACAGUUUUGAAUGAUGUGUAACCUAGUUUCACCUCUUAUUUUUAAUUGUUUUUAUUGACAUGUUGAAUUCACAGUCUCGAUAAAGGUUUUACAAAUUAGGAUAGCUUGUCUGCCUCUCCUCUCCCUUCUCCUGCAACAGUCUUCAGGAUUUCACAUCCAUGCAUCCUAGGGCUAGGCCCUUAGGCCACCAAGGCUUCCAUUUCUUCCAUCAUAUCAUCUCGAGUAGACAGUCAGGUAUUGCGUGUUUAUUUCUGACCAUGGGGUGUAAUAAGCAUUCUCCAACUCCAUGUUUUUUGUCACCCUUAUAUGCCAGUAGCCAAACUAUCCAGUUUGUUUUCACAGAAGUGGAAGAUGACAAUCUACCAUGCAGCAUCUGCCAUUUCACCUUCUUGAAGCUGCACUCUACUGUACCCUGCAUUGAGGACCUGAUAACUAGGAAUGCUUUUGAAAUGUACUCAACAUUUGCUGCCAUUUUCCUCAGGUGUUUUAGGAGGACUUUCAGAAAAACAUAUUGAGCAGGAAUAGAACGAGACCCUUGAAUGACGGUUCCAUUUUCACAAAUACUUUUUGUUCAACAGUUUUUAUUUUUUAUUUUUUUUUAAUUACAUUUGAAUGUUCAGCUCUUAUUGCUCAUUCGCUGUCUCGUUUUUAUUCCAGGAAGUUCCCUCUGAAGCAGGGAGUGUCUGCAUAUAAAAUGGUCUGCAGUUCUCUGCUUCAUAGAUGCCACCACCGUCUCCUCUUCUAUGACCAUGGGAGGCCCUCGCAGUGCUUUUCCCACCUCUUCCAGCUCCAUCGUGCACUCCACUACUUCAGCCACCGACCAGACCUCUGCUCACACCGGCAUCGCUGCUCCAGACGAAGGUGUAAGUAGCAGAGCGGUGCCGGAGAUGCUUGGCGCCGAGGGCGGGACUGGCAACAGUGGGAGUGCUGGUGGCGGCAGGGCUGGUGGCGGCAGGGCUGGCGGCGAGAAAGGAGGAGGGGCCGGAUCCCUAGGUGGAGGAGGAAGAGGGGGGGCAUCCCAGGAGGCCCAGCAGCACCACCAGAUGACCCCCUCCAAGCGGCGGACGGUGCUGAAUAUCUCGCCUCCGCCCGAGGACCUGUUUGACGACAGCCGCAUGUCCUGCCAGGAGGAUCAGCUCCAGGACUCCGAGCAGAGCAACAGCAUCUGGAUGGAUGACUCCGCCUCCAACUUCAGCAUCGUCAGCUCCAGCUCCUACAACGACAACACAGAGGUGCCCCGGAAGUCCCGCAAGCGCACCCCCCGCCAGCGACCCGGCCCCAAGCCUGCCUCGGCCGAGGAGGCCAGCAUGGACGUGUUUGAUGCAGACAGUGCCAAAGGGCCUCACUUUGUGCUCUCACAGCUGGGCUCAGACAGCAAGGCCUGUACCAAAGGAAGUUCGGCAGAUGGCUCCCAAACAACCCAUCAGAAAGGUGGGACCCUAGCGAGCCAGUUCCCUCAGAAGAGUGAGGGAAAGGAGCUGAAGAUCCUGGUCCAGCCUGAGACCCAGCACAGAGCCCGCUACCUGACUGAGGGCAGCAGGGGGUCAGUGAAGGACCGCACUCAGCAGGGCUUCCCCACCCUAAAGCUGGAGGGUGUGAAUGAGGCAGUAGUGCUGCAGGUGUUUGUGGGUAAUGACGCUGGGCGUGUGAAGCCACAUGGGUUCUACCAGGCCUGCAGGGUGACGGGGCGCAACACUACGGCCUGCAAGGAGGUGGACAUCGAGGGCACCACUGUCAUUGAAGUGUCCCUGGACCCCAGCAAUAAUAUGACCCUGGCGGUGGACUGCGUGGGGAUCCUGAAGCUGCGUAACGCUGAUGUGGAAGCUCGUAUCGGGGUGGCCGGCUCCAAAAAGAAGAGCACGCGUGCCAGGCUGAUGUUUCGGGUCAACAUCCCCAGGCCGGACGGCUCGGUGCUCACAUUACAGACACCGUCGUCCCCCAUCCUGUGCACCCAGCCUGCAGGGGUGCCUGAGAUUCUGAAGAAGUCCCUCCACAGUUGCUCGGUGAGGGGGGGUGAGGAGGUCUUCAUCAUUGGGAAGAACUUCCUCAAGGACACCAAAGUCAUAUUCCAGGAAAAUGUAUCAGAUGAGAAGUCUUGGAAGGCAGAGGCUGAAAUUGACAUGGAGCUGUUUCACCAGAAUCACUUGAUUGUGAAGGUUCCUCCUUACCAGAACCCAGCCAUCGCGUCUGCAGUGUGUGUGGGAAUCUACGUGGUAACCAAUGCUGGCCGAUCCCACGACGUGCAGCCUUUUACAUACACUCCAGAACCAGUGGACAUAUCUGUGAAGAAAGAAGUUCCAUCUCCAGGCAAGCCCUGCUCUUUUGAUCAACGGAUGAAAGUAAUUGAUGGUGCCUUGAUGCCCCCAAUGUUGCCUCUUGUGAAGAGAGAAGAGGUCACUCCAAUGGAGGUCUCCAGCAACCUCCCUUCUGCUGGCGUGUUCAAGCGGACCCCCGAUGUCAUGUGUUCGGCCCAGCAGACGCUGGACAUGAGUUCCAACCUUCCCCCCAACAACAGCCCGUUCUCCAACUCCUUGCCGCGGCCUGCCAGUGACCCUGACGAAUCCCAAACAGCAGUCUUCAACACUGCAGAGGCCCUGAGCACCAUACAGAAGCAGGACAUCGCUCCCACCAACUCCUUUCCCGUGCCUGCAGACUCUCUACUCCAACCUGGGCCUCAGCAGUUCCUCCUGGAGCCCAGAGAGGGGCUGGGGCAGGACAGGGCUGGCAACAAUGCUGGGGCGGUAGGGAGGCUCAGUCAACAGGUGGAGGCCCCUCAACCUGCCCCCCAGCAGCACCAGCUGCCCAUAUUCCCCCCAGACGAUGUGGCCCAACUGGAACAAGCAGUGAGACAACUGCAGGCCAAAGGGUACUGCAGCCAGCAGCAACAGCGACAACAGCAACAGAUUCAACAACAACAAAUUCAGCAACAACAGCAGCAACAAAUACAGCAACAACAAAUACAGCAACAGCAACUACAGCAACAGCAACUACAGCAACAGCAACUACAGCAACAGCAACUACAGCAACAACAACAGAUUCAGCAGCAACAGAUUCAACAGCAACAAAUUCAACACCAGCAGCAACAACAGCAACAGCAAGUGUUGGAGAACCUGCGGCAGGAGCUGUUUAAAUCACAGAUGCCAAUGCGGUGUGGCAUAUUCCAGGGCGGUUCUCGAGGUGAGAACGCUGAACAGCAGGGUUCCCAGCAGGGCAUGGUACAGAACCAUGGUUCCCUCUUUCAGCAGGCCCAACAGCAGCAGAGGCAACAACAGAAACAGCAGCAGCAGCAGCAAGCAGCACUCUUUCAGCAAGCCAAUGAGCUCCUCUCCAUUCAGACCAACUUCCUCCAUCAGACCCCUUCUCAUCCCUCUCCACCCCUCUUCCAUAACCCCAGCCCCCUGGCUGAGGCACAGGACCCACAGGGGGCACUGUUCCACACUCAGAAGGCCUCUCCCACUCAGGAGCAGGUCCAGGCAACCCUCUUCCAGAACACCCUGACAGUGUUGAGUAGGACCAGCCUCUCCCCAGAGCAGCCCCCCUCUGCCGCCAACCUAUUCCUCCCCCAGAGUACCCUGCCCGGGCAGCUCUCCGCUAGCGGCAGCCAGCAGCAGCAGCUGGCCUUCCUCAGUGCCCUGCAGACCUCUGCCCCUGAACCCCAGUCAGUGUUCCAGGCACAGACCCAGAUUUCCCCCAUCCAGCAGGGGACCCCCAUGGAGCAGCAGCAGCCCUCCCAGCCCCAGCCUCAGCCACCUCAGCAGAACUCCAUGUUUCAGAACAUCUCCCCUCAUCCACCUGCAAACACUCUCUCUCAGACGCAGCAGGCCGGCCUACUGUUCUGCAGCAACCCCCUCUCCACUCCAGAGCAGCCCCCCAGUCUGCUGUUCAGUGGCCAGAUGCCCCCCAUGAGCAGCAGCAGCCUGAACUCUCAGGAGCCCCAAAACCCCUCCAUGCUGUUCUCUCAGGCCAGCAUGGUGACGGUUAGCCAGCAGGAAUCCUCUGAGCCCAUGGCCUUCCAGGACCAGAGCCAGGUGGUGGGGAACCCCUCAGAGCCUCGCCAGCAGGGCCUGUUCCAAGAGCAGCAGCCCAUGCAGCUGGUCACCAGCUCCAACAACGGCCCAGAGCAGCCCGUCUCUCUCUUCAUGCCCCAAUCCAACAUGGCUGCCCUGCAGGGUUGCAUGGCUGCCCAGGAGCUCCCGCAGACAAGCAUCUUCAGCACUCAGAAUGGGGUGGCAGGCCUGCAGACCACCACCUCCUCCCCCGUGCAGCAGCCAGGGUCUCUGUUCCAGACAGCAGUCAGUGGGAGCCUUAACCAGCCCAGCGAGGCCCAGCAGCCAGGCCUCUUCCUCUUUGGGAUUCAGAACGAGUGUGGCCAGCUGAUAAACUCUCCUGGAACCACUCUGUCUGAUCAGAUCAUUGCCAUCAGUCAGUCUGGUCAGAACCAGAGAGAGAGCGAGGCCCAGAUCCAGUCGCUGCUCAACCAGUCCAUGUCUGAGUCAGGGAGCAUGCAGAACAGCAUGACCGCCUCCCAGAACAUGGAGAAGAUAGAUGACCUGCUUGUCAGCCUGCAGGAGCAGGGCAACAACCUCACUCGCUCCUACUAGGCCUGCUAUAGGUUUCAGGAGCCCAGAAGACCCCCAGUGUGGACCCCCAUUACAGAUGGCAGAAGACCCCCCACGGUGUGGACCCCCAUUACAGACGGCAGAAGACCCCCCCCCGGUGUGGACCCCCAUUACAGACGGCAGAAGACCCCCCCGGUGUGGACCCCCAUUACAGACGGCAGAAGACCCCCUGGUGUGGACCCCCAUUACAGACGGCAGAAGACCCCCCCGGUGUGGACCCCCAUUACAGACGGCAGAAGACCCCCCGGUGUGGACCCCCAUUACAGAUGGCAGAAGAAUGAAAACAAACUCAACGGUGGGCUCCUGUCCGAACUCCAAGUUACAUGUAAGCCUCAGCGGCCUUUUUCUCCGAGGACAGUCUUCAUGUGUAGAUGCUCCACAGUGGCGCCGAGCGGGGCACCAGUUCUCCACUGCAUCUAAACCUGGACCUCAAAAUAGGACAUAGGUUGUAGUUAUCCCACAACUGUCAGUGUGUUCAGUGUAUCUCGCAGCUAGUCGCCUCCAGCUCUUAAUGAAACGUGACACUAUGUAAUGUUUGGCUAACUCAUCAGUUCUCAGAGCAGCACUUUGCGGUGUGGUUUUAUAAGGAUGGUGGUGGAAGCUAGCACAGCAUUCUGUCUUCUCCAGGACCAGAGUGUGGGCUCACAAUUGUUUAUAACGCAUUGUUGUCCUUUUUAUACGAUAUUAAAAGUAUUUUAGGAAAUAGCAAAAGAAAAUGUACAAUUAGUGAAAAAUAACCUUUGUAAGAUAUUUUGACUUUAGUUCUUAUAGCACUUUACGAUGCUUUCCUUUUGUGGCCAGUUACUCAUUAAGUUGGCCUAUGCAUUCGCUAGUCAGCUAUUUAGUCAGUACAUCUCGACAACUUUAUUACUCAUGCAUGUGUUUUGAGUUAUGGCUUUAGUUUUUUUUAUUGUUCCUUUCAUGAAAUUCCAGUUUCUUAUUGGCAGCCAACUUCCCAUUACCCCUUCCUGAGAAUAACUCAAGUAUUUCAGUAUUACACCAUGGAUAUCUUUCCCUGAUUAGACUCUGGAGUACGAGAGAUGCUCUAGAUUAGGGUCAAUGUGGAUCAAGAGAAAAAAAAAAAUCCAGUCUUUAAAUUAUUCAUUUCCAGUCUACAUAAAUAAUAGGCCUACAUUUUGAAUAGAUCAUAACCAUAUAUGUGUACUAUAUACCAGUGCGCACGGUUGUCUGAUUGAUGUAAUUAAAGAGUAUAUUGUUAUUUGUAUCAUUCUAUCGCAAAUGUAGAUAAUGUGUUGUUUUGUAAUGAUGUCUCCAUGGAAGAUGUUUGUAUUCGCUCACGUCUGGCACGCACAAACUGGACUUUUAUCCAUAGAUCAGAGAGGAGUUUUCCGUAUGUUUGUCUUACUGUAAAACACCAACUCUCUUGCCUACAGUGGGCCACCCCAGGACCUGAGUCAAGGCCUCAAGUCACAGCCUCGUUUUUCGUCUUCAUGAAUGGCCAGUUUUAUGGCUCAUAUUGAUUGGUGUGUUCAUAUUUGUCGUUUGAGACUCGCCAUGUUUUGACAGGAAGAAAGUGGUGAAAGUGACUGGAGCAGUUAUCUGUUUUGCCUUGACCAUGAAUGGUUGUUUGUAGUUGGAUUAUUAGUGUCAGGCGUGAUAUACAGAUGUAUGAUCUUAAUUUGAUCACUCUUUUGUUGCUGAGAAUUUUCCUGCACUGCAAGAUAUACAAACGUUUUUAUUAUUAUUAUUUGUAUUUUAGUAUAUAUUUUUGUUGUACUUUUUACCCCCAAUUUCGUGAUAUCCAAUUGGUAGUUAGUCUUGUAACAUCGCUGCAACUCUGCAACUGCAACACGACUCUGCCAAGCCGCACUGCUUCUAGACACACAGCUCGCUUGACCCGGAAGCCAGCCGCACAAAUGUGUCGGAGGAAACGCCGUACAGCUGGCGACCAAAGUCAGCCAUGCGUGCGCCCGGCCUGCCACAAGGAGUCUCUAGAGCGUGAUGGGACAAGGACAAAUCCUCCCCUAACCCCUUUUAAAAAGCCUUCUAAAGUUUGUAAUUUCGACUUUGAAAUUUCAGACUUGAUUUACUCUAAUGAAAAAUGUAUCAACCCCUACAAAAAUUUCCAUGAAUUAUAAUCCACAGAAUAAUUCACAUUUCCUUUUGCUGCAGGAUUAUUUUUCUGCUGUAGCAAACUGGCUCAAAUUAAGACCCUACACCUGUACUGCUGCCAAACUGGUUUGUACUUUUAUUCUUUAUGUGAGUAUUGGGCAGGAGUGGAGCCAACAGUAAGAUUGUGUCUUGUUUUUAGUCUGAAUCUGAGUAUACACAUGAACAAGGGGCUGGUCUCUGAUGACAACAAUAACAGCUUCGUUGAGUGCCUCCAUCUUUCUCUCUUAGUGUUGUUGUCUUUUAUUGUGUGUUAACAUUAUUACCUUUUAUUCACUUUAAAAACAAGCAGAUUUUUUAAAUGGAGAGUAUUUAAACUAUUUUUAGUAAUGUGAUUGGUGGGGCCCCAUAUUCUCCAUCCCAGAGCUUGAGCUGUGUUCUUUUAGAUAUUUAAAGGGACCCUACUCAUGAAGAAUGAACCGUUAAGUUGCUUUGGAGAAAAGAGCUGUCUGUGAUUGGCUUUCUUCAACUCUUGUGAAAUACUCGUAGUUUUGUUUCCAAUAGUCAUGAGUAUUUGUAAAUUUUUAUAAGAUUUACAAAUAUUUUAUAUAUUUUUUACUGGUGUAGUUCUAAUACAUCUUUUCAGAAAUCAUAUCUAAUUUAUUUGGUAUUUUUUGUCUUAGAUAUUGUCUAAAUUGUGUCCCACAAAUGACUUGAUGUACAAGUUUGGUUCUGAUUUAACUCUGUAAUUGUAUUAAUAUUAGUUAUGUGGAUUUGGCCCUUCCCCACCUGUUGAAACUGUAGUUGGCUGUGGUCUUGUGUGACAUAUCUGUCAGUGAAGCUUAUCUUCUCCUUGUAGAUGUGAGGACAGGGAUACAACUUUAUGAUUGAGGGAGUUAAAAUAUACCAUGUACACUGAGUCACAUGUACAUUCCUGUGCAUUGUUUUCUUCCCUUUGAUAGAUUUCCGUUCAUAUGCCAGGUUGAGAUCAAUUGUACAGUAUGUUUGUCCAAAUCUGAUAGUUUAAAGUCAAACCCUUGUGAUAUCAUUCGUGAAACAUUGAACCUAUACUGUCACAUCUACAUCUUAUUUCACCUCUUGAAUAAGGAAAGUGCAGGAAGUUAUUGGACAACUAUGCCAGUUAUAAAGCCAUACAGACAGUUAAAACAGCAUCUAUUAAAUAUUUGUUAACAGGGUUUACAAAAAAACUCCAAACGCAGAAUGUGUUUGUUACCUCAACCCGAGCAGGUUGCUAAUCAGGCCACCUUACUCAACAUUGGACCAAUUACAAUGAUAAAGUACAUUCUUUAUAUAUAGUAUACAUACAAUAUUUUGGCAGCAACAUGUUAAUGUUUUGUGUUAUGAAUACACAAUAAGAUUGUUAUUUUCAAGCAUAAGCAAAUUGAGGGAAAAAAUACCUAUUUUCAAAUGUAAUCCAUGAAUAUCCCAUGUUGUAUGAGCUUUGACAAAAUAGGAGGGCUAUUUGUCAAGUAGGCUACAUGUUUUACAGUGAUGAUGACAUGAGUCUUUGUAAUUGAGUGGCGCUAUACUUUAUUGUGCCGGUAAAGGUUUAAUUUAUUGAAGACCUAAAAAUGAAUGACUUUUCCUACUCAACCAAUGACUACAGAAAUGCAGGGGUCACCUUGAAAGUUCAGCUAUAUUUUUACCAUAUUUGCAUCCAGACUAACCAAUGAUUUAUGACAUCACAGUGUACAGCAAAUAUAUUUUAGAAGUAUUGCUCAGUACAUUGGAUGAUAUACUUGUGCCUUGACAAACUUUUAUAGUAGAUACCAGAUUUAUCUUGUACCAGUGCUGCCUGUUUUAUUCACCACUGUGACACUAUUGUCAGUGGUUAUUAGCCCUUGAUAACUAGUAUCUUGUAAGCCAUAAAACUUGUGUGCUUCAAAUGCCGUACAGAAAUGAGUGACCAGAUAAAUGUAUAGUGUUGUGCAAUUUGUUGUGCAUCUGAUUUAUUUUCACGAAAAUAUGAAUUGCAUUUGUUUAACGUCGGUGCAAUUGAAGUUUUGUCUCAAACUGCUAUGCAGCUUGAUUCAAUAUAAAUGUAUAUCUGUUACUUUUUUAAUAUAUAUUGUAUCUAUCUAGCCUCUCUUGAUCAGUGCAAAGGGGAAACUAUAACGAAAUAUUGUAAUUAUGUUAAUUAUUUAUGUAACUUUUUGAAAUAGUAUUGAUACUGUGUGCCACCGGGAUUUGUUUUUAUUUUUAUGAUUGGGAUUGUGUCAGUCAAGACAAACACAUUUCACCUAAUUCAAACAAACUUGUCAUUCAGAAUUUUCAUCAUGGGUGUUUUGUUUUUAUUGUAAAUGUCAUCAGUUAGUCUGUUCACACACUGUUCUGUUUGUGUCCCCUUAACCUGUCUGGCUUUGGUUUGAUGUGAAAGUCUGCUUUAUUUCCAUUCUGGUUUUUUUCUGGUGAUCAGUAGUGAACCUGUUGAUAGCACUGACAGGUUAUAGGUAUGGGGAGUGCAUAUCACCUGUGUGUUUUUAGCUACCAUGUGAACAACUGUUAAAUAUUACCUUUACAAAAAUGAAUCUAUAUAAAAUGUAUUUUUGCUUUUGUUGGGGCAUUUGUAUACUCUUGCAAUUAUAUUUAUGUAAACCUGCUGGUAUCUAUAUUAAUAAAGAUAGAUGAUACGUU